AUCGAUUCCUGAUAGUCGCUUAAGUAUGUGAGACCAAUAAUACUUUAUUUCCCCAGUGUUAAUACCGGUGUGUAAGGGUAUCGGAUAUAAAAAAUAUGUAUCUUCACGUUGGAUGUAUAUUCCUGAUGUUUACAGUUAUGUUUUCUGUACAAGGAAACUCAAUGGAAGAUGUUGCAGAUGUGGCAACUGAGGCAGUUCAAAACUUACAAAGUCAGGUGGAACAACACAUUAAACAAAUAAAAGAUUCAGAUCUGAGUGAACAGGAGAAGGAGCGUCGCAUCGCCAUGAUUCAUCAUCACCUUGAACGGAAGUAUAAUCAAAAUCAUAGGGAAAUUCCGAAGGUGCACGAAACUCAACAGAGCAUUGCCCAGAAGCUUCAGAAAAUUCACCAGUCCGAAAUGACGGACGACGAGAAGGAGCAAUCAAUCGAAGCACUCAGACAGGAAUUUUAUCGCGACAUGAAAGCAAUUGAAAACGUGUUGACAUAUGAACAAAAAGAGGCAUUUGCGUUGCGACGUGUUCUAAGGGAUAUAAUACCCGAACAUCGCAGAGCUCAAGCCAAUUCAAGGAAAAAUAGGUCUUUGGCGAAAUCUUUCUCACGCAUUGAAAAUUAAAACUAGGCCUAGCCGGUGAUAUAUCACGUGUGUGGUCAAAUAUGCUUUUAGGCCUACUGACAGUGCCAUUGGAUUUCAAGAAAUUCACGAUGCGUUGAUUAUUUAAUUAUAACCUAGGUCUACAUUUUUGCUUUUGAUUUGCAUUUUCAUGGAAAACAUAAUUAUGUACAUAUUUUGCUUGGUGUUGAUUUUUGAAGAGUUGCAAUAAUUUCUUUAAAUAU